AUGACUGUUGGAAACUACGUUGAUCCACAAUAUCCUUUUGAAAGCUACAUGAUGAACGAGAUAUAUAUCGAAUUGGAGAAUCAGAGAGUUUGGGAUGCUACAUGGCAGGUAUUAUCAGAUGACAUCAUAUAUAAUUACAGAAAAGCUGCCAGGGAUCAAACUGUUAGUCUAUCUCAGGAGCAAGUUAAAGACUUUACUCUGGUCGAAAUAGAACUUCUUUUACGUGAUGAGAGGAAUUACAAUCGUGAAACUCUUAGAGUAAGAAACGAGCAGAUGUUAGCCACUGUAACCGGUGAACAGAGAAGUGUUUAUGAUGAGAUACUAGAAGCAGUAAAUAAGAACAAAGGAGGAUCUGCUCUACGUUCCCAAGGUGAUGUUGUUCUCAAGGUUGCAUCGAGCGGGAUUGCUGCGUUGUUAUUAGAAGGAGGCCGAACUGCGCAUUCAAGAUUUGCAAUCCCUAUUGUGGUUAAUAAGUUUACCUUCUGUUCAAUCAAGAAGGAGUCGAAUCUUGCCGACCUGAUAAGGAUUGCUAAACUCAUUAUAUGGGACGAGGCGUUGAUGAUGAGUAAAGAUUGUUUCGAGACUCUAGAUAGAACGAUGCGUGAUAUAUUAGAAGUUGAUAAGCCCUUUGGUGAUAAGGUCAUUGUUUUAGGAGGGGAUUUUAGGCAAAUAUUGCCAGUGAUUCCAAAUGCCGGGAAGACAGAGAUACUUAUGGCCACUUUGAAUUCGUCACCUCUGUGGCACAAAUGUAGAGUGUUGAGACUUACACAGAACAUGCGACUUAUAGCUGGAGAUAAUAGCCGUGCGAUGCUUGAACGAGCUGCCUUUACAAAGUGGAUCUUAGACAUUGGUGAUGGUACGAUAAAUGACGAUGGUAGUGGUGAAGCCGUGAUUGAUAUUCCUGAUGAUCUGUUGAUUAAAGACUGUAAAGAUCCUAUAAAAACGAUCGUCAAAGAAAUUUAUGGGAGUUCGUUUUCGAAAGAGACUGAUCCUAAAUUUUUCCAAGACUGUGCCAUACUGAGUCUAAGAAACGAUGAUGUAGAUACGAUAAAUGAUUAUAUGCUUUCAAAGUUAUCGGGUGUUGAAAGGACAUAUCUUAGCUGUGAUAGCAUUGAUACGACUGAAGAAGUUGUCAAUUACAAUGAUGCAUCUGAAGUACCCUCAGAGAGUGUAGCCAGUAAGAAUAAAGGUGAUUCCAACAAUAUGAUUUAUACCGAGGAGUUUUUAAAUAGUAUCAAGAUGUCUGGUUUCCCUAAUCAUGUCCUGAAGUUGAGAGAGGAUACUCCUGUAAUGCUUCUAAGAAAUAUCGACCCUAAGAAUGGGUUGUGUAAUGGCACAAGACUCAUCAUUAUUAAGAUGGCUAAUUAUGUUCUCCAGGCUCAGAUAAUAACAGGUAGCAAGGUUGGUGAAAAGGUACUGAUUCCUAGGAUAUUCCUCUCUCCUUCGGAGAUGAAACUUCCUUUCAGGAUGAGACGCAAGCAGUUUCCUAUCACAUUAGCUUUUGCAAUGACUAUAAACAAAAGCCAAGGACAGACACUCGAAAAGGUUAGUUUGUAUCUUCCAAGACCGAUUUUUACUCAUGGGGAGUACAUGCUAGAAUGUGUUGCACAUGGUGAGUUGGCAACUGAAAUAAGAGAUAAGUGUAGAGAAUACGAAGGUCCCUUUGCUAUAUGUGUGUUAACCGAUUGGUGUGUAGCAAUUGACGGGGAGAAUGUGUAUAUCAAAUAUCAUGAUGAUGAUGGUGUGUCCCGUUUUAUCACUGAUUCACCUAUUGAUGAAGUUUUGACCUUGCGCAAGAGGAUUAGAGAUAGAUUAUAUGGGCUGGAUACAGAUGAUGUCUAA